AAUGGGAGGGUAAAGCAGCUGCUACCCAGUCAAUUUCUAGUCCAGUCACUGCUUCUUACACACACACAACACACACACACAGCUCGGUGUUUGGUGGUGGAGUAAUCGGACAAAGGGACGCACAGAGGAGGUCUCAUCGCAGCCACGCAGAUCAUCCAAACUGCGACGAGCUCAUUGAAUUUCCUUUUUUUUUUUUUUGGUCCACAUCUGCUGGGAAAUAAAUCAGUUCAAGCUGGAGGUGACCGUCACAGAGGCGUUAAUUGCUCGCGUGGACAGCACAGCCGUACUCGUGAGCCUCGGCAGCGAAAUCCCCAUGGAGAUGGAGCAUUUCGACGAGCGGGACAAAGGUCAGAGGCACGGCCGGGCCAACGCGAAGGUGAACGGGGUCCCGAGUCCCACGCACAGCGCCCACUGCAGUCUGUAUCGGACCCGCACCCUGAAGACCCUGACCUCGGAGAAGAGGGCCAAGAAGGUCCGCUUCUACCGCAACGGGGACCGGUACUUCAACGGGAUCGUGUACGCCAUCUCAGCGGACAGGUUCCGGACCUUCGACGCUCUGCUGGCAGACCUGACCCGCUCGCUGUCCGACAACGUCAACUUGCCCCAGGGCGUCCGAACCAUCUACACCCUGGAUGGCUGCAAGAAGAUCACCAGUACUGAUCAGCUGGUGGAAGGUGAAAGCUACGUCUGCAGCUCAAUCGAAGCCUUCAAAAAGCUGGAUUACACAAAGAACGUGAACCCUAACUGGUCGGUGAAUGUCAAAGCCUCGUCCCGCAGCCCCCUCACCCUGACCAACGCCAAGUCCGGCGGCCCGGAUGGCCGUGAGAACAAGAACUUCAUCCGUCCGAAGCUGGUGACGGUGGUGCGGAGUGGAGUUAAGCCUCGUAAGGCUGUGAGGAUCCUGCUGAACAAGAAGACGGCUCAUUCCUAUGAGCAGGUCCUGACCGACAUCACUGAUGCCAUCAAGCUGGACUCUGGGGUGGUGAAGAAGAUUUACACGCUUGAAGGCAAACUGGUGACGUGUUUGCAGGAUUUCUUCGGUGAUGAGGACAUUUUUGUGGCCUGUGGACCAGAGAAGUUCCGCUACCAUGAUGACCUGAUGCUGGAUGAAAGUGAGUGCCGUAUGAUGAAGUCAGUGACCUAUGGCAAGAUGUCGGGCUCUGUCAACCGAUGCUCCCCCAGGACUGUUAUUCAAACACACCGCAGCAAAUCUCCAGCGUCUGUGAAUGGGAUGCCGACCAGUCAGCUGUCCACUCCUCAUUCGGGAAAAUCUCCCAGCCCCUGCCCGACCAGCCCGGGCAGCCUCAGCCGACGCCAGGGGUCGCAGGGUUCUUCCAGCUCUCUGUCUUCCGCUCAAAUUUCCAGCCCUGUGGAAGAAGGCAGUGAUGGAGUUGUUCCUGAAGCUGAGAUUCUCGUGGAUGAGGUUCCAGCCGUGCCGUCCUGCAUAUCAGACCGCUACAAGGUGGGGAGGAUGCUCGGCGAUGGGAACUUCGCUGUCGUUCGGGAAUGCGUAGAGCUCUCCACGGGACGAGAGUAUGCUCUGAAGAUCAUCAACAAAGGCAAAUGCAGAGGCAAGGAGCACAUGAUCCAGAAUGAGGUGGCCAUCCUCCGGAGGGUCAAACAUCCAAAUAUCGUUUUACUCAUCGAGGAGGUGGACACUUAUGGUGAACUGUACCUGGUCAUGGAACUGGUCAAGGGGGGAGAUCUGUUCGACGCCAUCACCUCGGCCAACAGAUACACGGAGCGGGACGCCAGCGGCAUGCUCUACAAUCUGGCCAACGCCAUCAAAUACCUCCACAGCCUCAACAUCGUGCACAGAGACAUCAAACCAGAAAACCUGCUGGUGUACGAACAUGCAGAUGGGACCAAAAGCCUCAAGCUGGGAGACUUUGGUUUGGCAACUGUGGUGGAUGGACCCCUCUACACUGUCUGUGGGACCCCAACAUAUGUAGCACCUGAAAUCAUUGCAGAAACAGGGUAUGGCCUUAAAGUUGACAUCUGGGCAGCUGGAGUCAUCACCUACAUCCUGCUGUGUGGUUUCCCGCCUUUUCGAGGGAGCAGCGAUGAUCAAGAAGCACUUUUCGAUCAGAUUCUAAUGGGACARCUAGAAUUUCCUCUUCCCUACUGGGACAACGUGUCAGAGGCAGCCAAGGAUCUGAUCCGAUCCAUGCUGGAGGUGGAGGUGGACCAGAGGUAUACUGCCCUGCAGGUGCUGGAGCACCCUUGGGUCACUAACGAGGGUCUGUGUGAGAACGAGCACCAGCUGUCAGUAGCAGGAAAGAUAAAGAAGCACUUCAACACCGGUCUGAAAGUCAACGACACCACUGCAGGAGUGUCGGUCAUUUCUGCCACCCCUCUUGAUAAGGAGAGGCAGGUUCUCAGACGAAGACGCCACCCGCAUGUGAAGCGGCCGCCUUUGCAGACGAUCCAGACUGUGAAUCCAGAACUGACGACAAGCGCGCGCCAGGCGGAGCCUCCCAGCUGCCUCCCCGGCCUGCCCGCAGCCCCCGCUUCCCUGACCCCUGACCCUUCCCCGGUCCCAAACUCCCCAUCGGACUCUGAUGAUGUUUCCAUCAGCUCAGCCAGCAGCACCGUCCUCUCCCCCAGCUCGCCUCUUCUCGAGUAGGCCAGGGUCGAGGAGUGGGGGUGGUGAGCAGGUAAUCCUCAUCCAGCUCCCUCUGUACGGAGGAGGAGGAAGAGGAGACACACCCAGCAGCUUAUCCUGGGGGGUGGGGGCCAAACGAUGAAAAAUCCCUUAAUCUAUCUUUCCAAGGAGGAGAGAUUGAUGGAGGGGUGGAUUAAAAAAAUUAAAAGAUGCAAAGAAUUCAGGAGGCAUAUGACUGAGGCAACAAGGAAGAUCAGAAGGAAGAAGGGGAAUAUGUGGAUAAACUUUUUUUUUCUUUUUUCACGUUCUCUCAUCCGAGCACAUGUUACUGAGCUCAAGGAGCAAGAAAGGACAAAAGACAGUUGGCCUUUCGGUGAUGAUCCGGGCUAAAACAUGGAAACUUUUCCUCRCGGUGGAACAGCUCUACGGCAAUACGAGAACGUCAUCCAAAUGUUCAUGUUUUAUUGAACCUAAUUUAGUUAUUCUUUAGCCGCUACAUUUUUAUAAGCAUCGCUUUUUUUCAUAGAAAAUCUUCUUUGUUAACUUAUUCAAAGAGUUUGGAAGGAAAACAAUGAAAAAAAAUGAAAAAAGUGUUUAGAAGUAGAACUUCAAGCUGUGUAACGUGGGGUAGAAAUGAUGAAAAAUGAUAGAUUGGAAAAUCAGAACUGCAUGAAAUUUUGCUAAAUGUGUUAGCAGUAAUCAGAGACAGAACUUGUGCUUUGACUUUGCUCUUCACGGUWUUGAAGUUGCCUUUUCUGUAACGUUGGACUGCAGUGUUACGGUUUACAUUUUACACUACAAUAAUGGUGCAUUUUUCUGCUACCUUUUUCUUUACAUCUCAAUCCAAAACAGAAAAAAAAAAAAAACAUCUGCCACAUCCACAAGCUUGUAGCAAACCCAGAUCUGAACUUCUCUUUUCCUCACAUUCACACUCAGUUCUGUCAUUAAUCCUCUUUUUAACCACCCCAUCAAAAAACUUCACUUAAACUUUACGACGGUUGUGAUUUAGGAGUUUCUCUUCCAGUAUUUGGUUUUAAAGGGGGGGUUUUAUUUGUAUGAUGACAAAACACUUUUGCAGAUUUUUUUUUUAAAUAAUCAAAAACAAAGAGAAUGAAAGAUGAARACCAGCAGCACCAGUGACGAGCAGUCAGGUUAAAAGGAGGGAGAAAGGUUUGUUUGAGCUCUGUACAACCUCAUUCAUGGCUUCAUUUCUUUAGAUGAAAGCAUGACAGACAUACAGUAGCCUAUUCUUAUUCAAACAAGCUGUAUUAGUGAUAAAGUACUCUUUAUAUGUUCAUGUAAAUAACAAUUUUAUUUAUUUUGAUAGUUCGCAAUACAGUAUAUUUCUUUACUAGUAGUAUGUCUAUGAGAAUUGUACAAAUAAAAGAAAAAAAAAGAACAAGAGUUGUGUAACAGCAAAAGAAACGAUCCAGAGAUCAUUGGGUUAAAAAAAACUGAUGUGGCAUCUGGAUGUGUCUACAGUGAAAUAAAGAUAUUUGAUUUCUGUUCAGGCAGUGUUGUCACAGCCAGUAAAGUUAUCUAAUUUUAAGCCAGAGGAGUAAAAAAAACAAAAACAAAAUAAAAAUGCAGAUCUGCUUCAGUUUAUUUUUUAAAAGUUUAAUUCACUAAGCAGAAAUUGUUGCACUUGUCAAUGUUUCUGUGUUUUCUCUCUCAUCCUCACGCACAAACACACACACAUAGACACACACAGUGAUGCUGCAGUAUGAAUAUGAUGUGCUGUUGAAAUCCACACUCUCCGGCACGAGGUUAACCAAAGUGCUCCACCUCAUUUGAGUUCCUUCCCCACAAAAAAAGAAGUAAACAACUGAUACCUGUACCUCUGUUCAUCAAUGGUCUAACAGCAGCAGUAGAAAUAAUUAAAA